ACCUUGAUGAAUAUACUAAAAUAUUCAAGAUGAGUAGCAACAGCACCAGCAAUGUUGAAACUGAUUGCAUUUCCCUUAAUGUGACAUUUCAGUACUCGCUCUAUGCAACCACCUAUAUCUUCAUAUUCAUCCCUGGUCUUCUGGCCAAUAGUGCAGCCCUGUGGGUUCUGUGCCGCUUCAUCAGCAAGAAAAAUAAAGCCAUCAUUUUUAUGAUCAAUCUCUCUGUGGCUGACCUUGCUCAUGUGCUGUCCUUACCCCUCCGGAUUUACUAUUACAUUAGCCACCACUGGCCUUUCCAGAAAGUUCUUUGUCUACUGUGCUUCUACCUGAAGUAUCUCAACAUGUACGCGAGCAUUUGCUUCCUGACUUGCAUCAGCCUUCAGAGGUGUUUCUUUCUCCUCAAGCCCUUCAAAGCCAGAGACUGGAAGCGUAGGUACGACGUGGGCAUCAGUGCUGCCAUCUGGAUCAUUGUGGGGACAGCUUGUUCGCCAUUUCCUAUACUCAGAUCUGAAAACAUAGGCAACAACACCGAGUCCUGCUUUGCCGAUCUUGGUUACAGGCAAAUGAAUGCAGCAGUUUUGGUUGGGAUGAUUACAGUCGCUGAGCUGGCAGGAUUUGUGAUUCCAGUGGUCAUCAUCGCAUGGUGUACCUGGAAAAUGACUGUAUCUCUAAGACAGCCACCAGAUGCUUUCCAAGGAAUCAAUGAGAGGCAGAAAGCUUUGAGGAUGGUUUUCAUGUGUGCUGCAGUCUUCUUCGUCUGCUUCACUCCCUAUCAUAUUAACUUUAUUUUUUACACCAUGGUAAAGGAAAAGAUCAUUACCAGUUGCCUCAUUGUCCAAAGCACACUGUAUUUUCAUCCUUUUUGUCUGUGUCUUGCAAGCCUCUGCUGCCUUUUGGAUCCAAUUCUCUAUUACUUCAUGGCCUCAGAGUUUCGUGACCAACUAUCUCGCCAUGGCAACUCUGUGACCCGUUCCCGCCUCAUGAGCAGGGAGAGUGGUUCAUCAAUGAUUAGCUAA